GAAGACUCAACUUGCAGCGCGCGACAUUAGGAUUCCCCGCUACUCAGUCACAUUGUCCCCCAGGUGACUUUUUCUUGUUGUAUACAGUACUGCAGUAUUAGUUGCCGAACGUGUAAAAAUCAGUUACCAGUAUUUCGUAACUAUGUUGCCUACACAAGAGGUGAAUACACUGACAGAGAUGUUAAUAUCUGGUUAUCGUCUAGAUGGCAGGUCAAUAAAUGAAUAUCGUGAAAUCAGCUUUCGUUUCCCCCAAGGAAAAGAUCCUAAUGUUUCCGGCUGUUGUGUUGUCAAAAUAGGCGCUACAACUGUAAUGGCACAAGUUUCAGUUGAAGUAAUUGAGCCUAAACAUUUUCGCCCUUCUCAAGGAAUGUUGUUUGUACACUUCGAUGCUAGUAUUUUAAAGUUAUGUAAAACUCUAUAUCGUAAACAAAAACGUGAUGAUGAAGGUCGUCGUCUAUCAGCUGUUCUUCAAACGUUACUUCGAGACAGUAUUGACUUGGAUGCUCUGUGUAUAGUUGCUUGGGAACGUGUAUUUGCUGUACGAGUUGAAUUACGUGCUUUAUCUUAUGAUGGAAAUUUAGGAGAUUGUGGUGCAUUGGCAGCUGUCGCCGCUCUGGCAGCUUUUCGUCGACCAGAUGUUUACGUUGAUGAUACGGGUAAAGUACUAGUCGAUUUUGAGGCUAAAUUUCGACCUAGAGUACCUUUAGGUAUUCGUCGUACUCCAGUACUUGUUACACUUGGUCUAACUGCAGAUGCUAAAGUAAUUCUAGUUGAUCCUACCGCUCGUGAAGAACUUAUACUUACUGGUGGACGUGUAUUGCUUGGUUUAACGAAUACCUCUGAAAUAUGCUGUCUAUAUACUACUGGAUUAUCUGUGCCUAUUCAAUGUUCAUCACUUUCAAGGUGUAUUCGUUUAGCUAAUUCCAAAGCGAAAAGUCUUGUUUCAUUAAUUCAUUGGAUAUUAGAAGGUUUAUCUGUUCAAAGAGAAGCAAAUUUAACCGCUGCACAUGCUAGAUCUAGUGAAUUGAAUGAAAGUAGAAUCAUACCAUCAAAUGCUCCAUUAGUUUUAUCUACUACAACAUUUCUACUUGAUAAAACUAAUCAAAUUGAUCAUGAAACUGGUUCGUAUAGAGAAGAAGGUGAAAUCCUACCAAUCGAUCAUAAUUCAGAUUCAGAUUUCGAUAAUGAUGAUAUGGAUAUUGUAAGUUCUGAUGAAACAGAUGAACAGAAUGGGAAAAAUACUACAAUAAAAUCACAUAGUAAACAAAAGAAUGAAAUAAAACUUUUACCUUAUGGUGUCAUUGAAGUAUGUAGUAGUAGUAAUAUAAAUCAUCAUGAUAAUGAUAAUCAAAUCACAGGAACAAUAUUACCGAAUUCAUCAGAGAAUGAUUUUGAUGAAUUCAAUUCUUCAAUCCAUAUGUUUCAUGCUAACUCUCUCAUGUCGGAUACAUUUAAUCAAACAUUUUCUGAAGUGUUUAAACAAAAUGAUCAUACAAUAGAAUCUGUAUAUGAAACACAUAUUGUUGUUGAUGAUGAUGAUGAUGAAGAAGAAGAUGAUGUUACUAUUUUGAAUUUAGUAUAGAAAAACAAAACGAUUAUGUAUGUAUGUAAAUGAUGAUACUUUUCUGUACAGUUCUUUGUUUAAAAAGAAAAAAACAAAUGAAAUAAAGUGGCUUAUUCAAUAAUUAUGUAUGUAGA